AUGAGACCUGCUUUAACGGUCUUGAAGAGAUCUGUAUGGAAGGGUCCACAUGUGGUGCCUUUGCCCAUCGCGGAAGCUAUCAAAAACGGAACACCCAUCAGAACCAACGCCAGAAGUUGUACUAUUCUUCCUCAGUUUGUAGGCUUGAAAUUCCAGAUUCACAAUGGAAAAGAGUAUGUGGAAGUCGAAGUGACCGACAACAUGGUGGGAUCCAAAUUGGGUGAGUUUGCUGCCACAAGAAAGAAGUUCAUGUACAAAUACACCAAGAAUUGA